GUUUCCAUGAUAAUCAUGAAAUAAUAAAAUGCUUUGCAGCUCUCAGAGAUAUGUUAAUGAAUUUUCAGUGAGAAUAAUUCAAAUAAUUCAAUUCUUGAAAAAUACAUUAGAUUCUUGGUUUAUCUUUGUUAAGUUGGUAGUGCAAUUUCAACAGGGCUGAUUCUUUCUCCCGUUUCCUUUUCCGACUUCAUUGAGAUUUGUGGGGAUUCAACAUUUUUCGUUCUAAUAAGAGCGUUUUUAUAGUUCCACAGGAAUUAUUCGAUAAAAAUGGCAAAACGUACAAAGAAGGUUGGAAUCACCGGUAAAUACGGAACCAGAUAUGGUGCUUCUCUCCGUAAGAUGGUGAAGAAGAUGGAAAUCACACAGCACUCCAAAUACACCUGCAGUUAUUGCGGAAAGGAUGCGAUGAAGCGCAAGUGUGUGGGCAUUUGGGCGUGCAAGCGAUGCAAGCGUGUGGUGGCCGGAGGAGCGUGGGUGUACUCGACCACAGCUGCCACCACUGUCCGCUCGGCCGUCAGGAGGUUGAGGGAUGUCAACGAACUCUAGGUUAAGUCAGCUGAUAAUAAAGGUUUUUAAAAACUAA